UAAACAGGUACUACUUGUAUACACUUUCAAUAUCACUAUACUGCGGUUGUACUCGCUAUAAAAGACCGGUGUAACACCACAACAGUAUUCAGUAGCUAUCCUGCAGUCAACAAGAAGUGCACGAUGAGAUUUCUGAUCGCCUUUGUCGCCAUCCUCGGCUAUGCCUCCGCCAGCGUAAUCAGCCCCCUUGUCUACGGGGUAAACGCCGGCGACGCCCAGGCAGCAGCCAUCGACGCCACGGUAGCCGCCCAGGACCACGCCCGUGCCGUCGGCGAAAGCCAGGCUCGGGCAGCCGAAGCCGCCGUCCAGUUCAACACUGAGGCAGUCCGUCAAGUCGCCGAAGCCAACAGAGAUUUACAUGAGAAUGCCUACUGGGGAACUGUUGCUGCUAACCAGAAUGCCGUUGCCGCUGCUCAGUCUCACGCUGCCGCUGUGAGCGGUGUCGUUGCUGCUCGUGCCGGUUUGGCUGCGCCUUACGGCAUUGCCGCUCCUUACGGCAUUGCUGCCGCUCCUUACGGCAUCGCUGCUCCCUACGGCAUUGCCGCACCCUACGCUGCUCACGGUCUUGGCAUCCACGGCUGGUAAAUCGAUAAUCGGCGCCAAAAACCGUUGUUUUAAAAAUUAUUCUUAAAAAAAAUUGUAAUUUUUCUGACGGCUGUUUUUGGUAAUCCCUUUGCCGGUUGUAUCUGGUAACACUGGUGGUGUUUACACUGCCAGUGUUGCCAGAAAAUUGGCAAGGAUUUGCAACUCCACCGCUCAAUGGAAAAAAAAACAUGCUCAAACGAACUAAGGUCUCAUAUAGUAACUCUCUUUGUAAAUACAAGUAAAUAAAACAUGCCAUCACUGCCAAAGUGUAAAUAAACACGUUUUUACAAAACAAA